ACAUUUUACAUUUUUUCAUACUGGUGUUCUGUCACCUAAAUAAAAAUAAACAAAACAACUUGGAACUUUGGAAAGUUUACAUAAAGUUUUGUUUAUUCUGAUUUUUUGAAGUUUAAAUUGAAAUUAGUGUCUUGAACUACUCAUCAAACUCUUAUAAUCUACUCUGUUCAUGUCUCCAAUUUAACAAAUGAAACUGAAGACCCAGUUCCCCUCAAUUAUUUUCCAAAAUUUGUUCAAAUUUUCUAGCAGGUAAUCACUCUCAUAUCCAAACUCACUGAAGCGCGUUAAAAGAAAUCAACGUCUUUGUUCUGCCCACACCAAAUGGACAGGCAGGAGGUGAACUGUUUAGAAGAAAAACUGCGAGAAGCAGCAUGUAUUGGUGAUUUGGAAGCUAUUGUCACUUUGAUAAAAGAAGGAGUAAAUCCAAAUGCGCAACAUCUCAUCAAUGGAUGGACUGCACUUCACUGGGCUGCCAAGCGAGGUCAGUUAGACAUCGUUAAGUAUCUUCUAGAGCAUGGUGCAGACAAAGCAGCCUUAACAAAGAAGGGUGAAACCCCUCUCUCCUUAGCUUCUCGGCCAGAUGUCAGGACUGCAUUGGGUGGAGAAUCGAGCACAUCAGCACCUUCAGAGAGUUUAUCCAUUACUCCUAAUUAUCUCAAAUAUGCACCAUUGAAUCCUAAGGUUGAUCUUCCAUCUAAAUAUUCCCAUAAUGAAACAACACCAAUCCACGACAGCACAAAAUCUUUCAGCUCCAUGAAUUUAGACAAUGAAGAACUAGUCCUGAAAGUGCGGAUUGCCAGUAAUGUGGUUGACAACGACUUCAUAGAAAUAGAGUUACCCAGAAGAGAACAGACGUACUACUCAUUGCUACGAAUUUGUUGCGAGGAAUUAGGUCUAGCCACAAAUCAAGUGAGCAGAAUACGAAAACUUCCCAAUACACUUGUAAGGAAAGACAAAGAUGUACAACGAUUGAAGGAAUUUCAAGAACUAGAACUCAUAAUCAAUUCCUCUGCCUCUGAUAGUGCCUCCCAAUUCAUCCCAAGCAUGAAUGGUCUUUUCGCCAGUUAUCCAUCAAAAUCCAAGAACCAACCAAUUUUAUAUUGAUACUCCUUGAUAUCGGAACCCUCACAAGUUUCAAAUAAAAUUACAACCUGCCGACUUUUGAAUGCAAAUGAUUUUCCCUUCUAUCUUGGAUUAAAAAUUUGUAAAGUCAAAGAUCUCUUAGCACCGUAUUUUUUAACUGUAAAAAUCUUUUUGUUAUUACGUAUGCACUUAAGAUGUUAACUUAAUGUUAACUUUGUUAAAAUUAAUUUAAAUUAUAAACCAGAUUAGAAAGAUAAUUACGGCAACAAUUCUUUGGUGAGACACAUCUCUGCCAAUGUUUUUAUUCAUGAAGAUUCUCCUCACUUGUUUGAUUUUGAUUCCUUCCUAUUUUGAACUUCAAAAUUCUCAACUUUAAUUUUGAUUUUACUGAGAAAAUUACUCCGCUUUCGAAAUUCACCAUCUUUGAGAGCUAUCUUCAUCCUACAUUAUGUAUUCACUUGCCCUUUCCAUAAAAAGAUCAUUUCUAAAUCA